ACGGUUAAACGAAAUCAACCAAUCUUUUUAUAUUAUCUGCCGAUAAAUGCACGCAGUUAUGUCUGGCAUCCAACUCGUAUGUGUACUUCUGUUCCUUGGUGCGUUGCUUGCACCAAGUGUGAUUGCGGAUGAGCAUGACAGGGAAGUCCGAAGCUUUGAAGAUAAAAUAAAAGCAUUAACGGAUACGAUAAAUACCGACUUCGCUAAUCGGAAAUGGGAUGAACAGCUGGACAUGUGGCUUCCAGACGCCUAUCUUUCAGUUGAAGGGUUCCCUCUAGCUCAUGGAAAGGAAGCUAUUCGUAAAGUUGAGAAGACGGCAGUCAGCUCGCUCUACUCCAUGACAACAGAGUACAUCGAGGUGGGACCACAGGAGGAAGGGGCUGACUACGUUUACGUCUUAUAUACCGAAAAAUGGCACGAUCAGAACGAACAACUAAUUCAGGAAGAUAAGUGUCUGUUGAUAUGGCGUAAUACUGACCAAGGCUACAAGGUUGCCAUGUUAAUGGUCAACUCCAACGUGUAGAGAGCCAAGUUCACCGGUUCCGGAUAUUCUAUUAGAUGAUUAUGUGGACUUAGGAACUUUCAAGGGAUAUUCAUCAUUGGUAAUUGUUAUGUUCUUCGAUGGAUUUGGGGGAUGGAAUGUAUUAUAAAAUCAAUUGAGUUCAGUCACCUUUAGUUGAACGUACAUCGGCCCUUUUCGAAACCACGGCUUCGGCUCCAGAUUCUGUUCAGCCUAGCUUGGUCCAGCGGUUGUUUUGACACUUGCGCGUGCUUUGCGUAGGCCUACGUGCUCAGGGCUUCGGACGAGAAAACAGAGCCUUAAGCCGAAUCCAAAGCCGAGUAUUCGAAAAGGGCCAAAAUAUCCAACCAUCCAACAUCAACAGUUAAAAAAAACUACUCAGCUUCUUGAAUGAAUAUUGACCCUUGAAAACUCAAAUUGUGGUGGCUCGUUAUGAAGCCUAGAUACCAGACUUGUUACCUUUGGCUAACAACAUCUUGUUCAAAAAUUGCGUGAUAAUGGAACAAAAUUAACAAUGUUCUCAGCAAAAUACGUUGGUAAUUUUUUACUUUACGUAUACAGGUAAAUCUUUAACCAUUGGUUUGGUAUCACGCUUUAAUUAGAAGAUGAAUGGCUGCAUCAACUGGCUCAAUUUUAAGUUAGUAUACAUAUGCUCAUGAGUUAUGUAUCAGUUUCCUUGCGAAUAUGUAUUACACAAAACACACCAAGCUAUAUGUCUUGUUUGUUUUUAGAGUAUGACGUCAGCAUAAUAUUUAACCACUUAAGGUCAUCUGGAAGUGGUAUUUUGUCAAGAUAAAGCUUUUGUCACUAAAAUGUGUGUUUUGUUAGUGGAAUAUGAAUAAACAG